CUAAAAUGCUUUUUUGAUCAGAAAACUCGGGGAGUAAAAAUCAAGGCCCAAAUGCCUUUACUGCGUAAUUUGCAAGAAUUUUGUGGCAAUGAUAACAGAUUUUCCCAAAUUCAAACUCCUUAAACGUCAUUCAACCGCCUAUUAGACUCACGCUCUCCCCACCUCUCUCUCUCUCUCUCUCACACACACACACACACAUUCUCUGUUCUGUCUGUGCUCACAAACCAUGGAUGCUGAAGAACCUGGUAUCAGAGACAAGGCCCUGGAGCUCCUAGGCUCUGACCCGCAAGCUCUCCAGACUAACAUCCUCAACCUCACCUCUCCUGACCCUUCUCUGCACUCCAAUGCGCGGACCCUUCUCGCUUACCUUGGCAGACACUACACCAACAGUGUCUGUUUUCGUGUUUCUUGCCUCAUCCUUUCCACAAGUGACGCCUCCAUUCGGGAAACCAUCGUAAACUUUCUCAGACUACUCCUGACAGCCUCAGGCUCCCACUUCUGGAUGAUCCUCUCCAUCAUUCACCGAAACGAUAUCAAACGAGUAUUUCUUGAAUGUCUUGAAAAAGAAACUUCAACAAGAGUUGCCAAGAUUCUCUGUAAGUUGGCUUUGGAUGUUGCAGUCGAGUCUGAAUGGCCUGAGCUUGUGCCAUUCAUGCUUAGGUGUUUUGAGGCUUCAGAUAUUCGUGUUCAAGAAACUAGCCUUUUCUUGUUUGGUUUACUGUCGGAGACUCUCGGGGGAAAGCUGAGUUGUGAGCCUGACAAGCUGCAGUCACUGUUCUUGAAGUGUUUGGGUUGUGAGAAUUGGAGGGUCAGAGCUGCGGCAGUGGGAGCUUCGGUGAGAUUGAUUGUUUUCUUGAUGGGUACUUCAUCUAAUGACUUGUUGGAACAACUAAGUGCCCCCAUCAUGGACACAUUCGAUGAUGCUAUGGAAAAUGGGAAAGAGAGAUAUGCCAGAAAGAUUGUCAAGCAUUUGACAGUGUUAAUGAGGAAGAAACCAGGAUUCUUGAGGAGCCGAAUUGAUACUUGCAUUGCAUAUAUGUUAAUUAUGGCAGAGAAUAAGGUAUGGAGUGAGAAAAGCAGGCACCUUGCAGUUAAAUUCUUGAUCACUCUUGCUGAAGAGAGACACCAGGGUUUUGCUAUGCUGCCGGACAAGAUAACUAGGAUCUUAUCUCUAUUGUUCAAGAUGGUAACCGAUAUUAAGGAUGUUAAUUCUUGGUUUGAGGCAGAGAGCCACCAUAAGAAUUCUGGAGAAACAAACAAUUGCAGUUAUGGGAAGGAGAGCUUGCGGAGAUUUGCAAUUGCAAAGCAUGUAGAUAUCACUGACGAGAAGUUCAUAACUAUGUUGGCAGAAUAUAUAAAUGAUAGAGAAUGGCAAAAGCGCCAUGCUGUACCUGCUACCUUAGCUCAAAUGAUUGUGGGAUGCUCAGAGGAAAUGCUAGCAGAUCUGACGUCAGUUAUACAAAUUGCUUCAAUAUCUUCCCAAGAUUCCCACCCCCGUGUGCGUUGGGCAGCUAUCGAUUUACUUGAGCAACUCUCCAAGUAUUUGUGCCCUCAACUGCAAAAUCAGCAUCAUCAACUUGUCAUUCCUCUAUUAACAAAAGCUUUGCUUGAUUUCCAGAAUCCCAGAAUACAGGCACAUGCUGCUUCAGCAAUUUCGUGCUUCAGUCAGAGUUGCACCUCAAGCAUCUUAAAACCUCACCUCGAUGUUAUUAUGAGUAUGUUACUUAAGCUCCUCCAGAAGGGGAGCCAAUCAUUGAAAGAGGAAGCUUUAACUGCUUUAGCAUCAUUAGCUAGUUCAUCACAGGAGCACUUUCAAGAGUACUAUGUUGCUGUUAUGCCAUACAUAAAAGUUAUGUCCAUGCAAGGCAAGUCUAAUCACAGGCUCCUUGCCAAAGCCAUGGAGUGCAUUACAAUGAUUUGGAUGGCUGUCGGAAAGGAAAUUUGUCGUAAGGAUUGUCAAGAGGUUGUAGAACUGCUAAUCUCAUUGCAGGAAUCUCAAAUGGAGACAGAUGAUCCAAUGAGAAUCUGCAUAUUAGAAGUAUGGGGCAGACUUUGUAAAUGCUUAGGGAAAGAGUUCCUUCCUUAUAUGAAUGUUGCUAUGCCACAUUUACUUCAAUCUGCAGCUCAACCCAAAAUUGAUUUUACCAAUGAAUUACUGAAUGCAAGUCUUAACCUACUGGAGGAGAAAGCCUCAGCUUGUAACAUGCUCUGUAGUUGUGCUGCUGAGUUGAAGGAAGACUUUCAUUUAUGGAUUGAUGAGGUUGCUGACACUUUAAUUCCACUUCUCAAAUUUAAUCUUCAUCAAGAAGUUAGAAUGGCUGCUGCUUCAGCCAUGCCAUUGAUAUUGGAUUCGGCUAAAUUAGCUGUGGAGAAAGGGCAUAUUCUAGAAGUUGAUGAAUCUCCUGUUAUGAAACUGUCUGCCCAAAUAAUACCAGCUAUGACGGCAGCUCUAUAUAUGGAGCCCAAGGCAGAAAUUUGUGCAAGAUUUUUGGGCUCAUUGAAUGGAUGCAUACAGAUCUCUGGACCUUACCUGACUGACAAUGAGGCUAAGUUCCUCAUGGAUGAGAUAACAAAAUUCCUCAUAGCUAGAUCACUUAGAAGACAUGCAAGAGAACAAGGUGUAGCACAAGACUCUGAUGCAGGAGAGAGAGAACUGCUUAAAGAGGAAAGUGGGAAUGAAAAAGAAGUCUAUAACAAUGUUGGUGAUUGCAUGGCCACUUUGAUCAAAAGAUUCAAGCUAUCUAUAGUGCCCUUCUUUGAAAAGCUUUUAAUAUGUGUAGCACGUACCUGGGUUGAUAGAACAACUAUAGAGAAAAAAUUGGCAGUCCGCAUUUUUCAUGAAGUUGCUGAGCAAUGUGGUGAAGAAGCAUUAAAGCAAGAAUACUUCCUUCAAGUUAUGUAGUUUCAAAAUAGUGAUAGUAGCUUAAUAGAUUGAUAUCAGCAUACUUCUAUCCCAUUUUUGAGCAGGCAUUAUCAGUCUUAUCUGCCCUUCCUAUUAGAAGCUUGCAAGAGUGACAAGCCAGAAGUUCAGCAGGUAGCUGCAUGGACAAUCGGCAUUUGUGCAGAGUUUGGUGGAUCUUUCUUCAAAACUAUUGUUGAUGUGGCUCUUUCUAGUCUAAAUUCUGUGAUAAGCCAUCCUAAUGCGCUGCAGCCUGAUCAUGUAAUGGUGCAUGAUGUUGCUGUUUCAGCUCUCGGGAAAAUAUGCUACUUCCAUUAUGACAAUAUCAAGGAAGCUGAGGAACCCCCCCACGCUCAAUUUGAAGAGUUUCUCGGGCGGCAGAUGGGAGUAGUAGAUAUAUCAGACAUAGGUGUUGUCUACAUGGUUAAGCCAUUUACCUAUAACAAACUUGUUGAAUGAGGCCAAAGUUGCGCACCAGUAUCUUUAUAGGGUGGUUGAAAGGACAAAAACAGAACCCCUUUCCGUCUAUCUUCCUUCAAUUAUCCGAGUGUUUGCUGAGAUUCUAUGGGCAGGUAGUAACUUAGCCACUGCACAAACCGUCAGCCAGAUGAUCGGUCUUUUGAAGAAUUCUAAGCAGACAUUACCCACUGAAUGGGCUUCAAUCUGUUCAUCCCUGGUUCCCCAGAGAAAGAACUUUUUGCAAGCUAUAUUGUCUGACACAUAGUUGUCUUUUAACACCAGCUACUAGUUCAACAUAUGUUACCCAGUAGUCUUUCCAAGUACUCUGUAUAUUUUUCACUCAGCUUCUAAGAUCAACCAAUGUCCUUCUGUAGACAUAGUUCAUUCAAGUGAUGAAUGAUGAAUGAAGAAUUCUGUGUUGGCAGGAUCACUAUACUUGUACCCAUAUCACAAUAGUCUCAGAGGAGGAAGAAAAUACAAGUAAAAUUCUUCCAACAAUGAACAUAUUACAUAUGAGUGGUUGGCAAGCCUCUAAUA